UCCACAUUACAUCAGGGUUUCAGUUCUACUGUGGGAAAUAACCCCAUCAUUACCCUGUGACUGGGCCGCCCGGUUCCUACUGAACUACCAGCCCACCGCUCUGUGAGAGGGCGGUCGUCCCCAUGUUGGAGGGGCGGUAGCCUGCAGCUUUUCUCCCCUCUUGUCGUCACGGCAGCUUUUUUUAUUCAGUCAGUGCCUGUGAGCCCGCCGGCUGGUUGGACCACCGACUCCUCUGAAGCCCACACUUGAAAUAAAGCAACCUAAUCUGGAUAUUACGCGGUUAUUACCAAGAUGGCUACGGACAACUUUGAAAUGAACGGUGAUGCUGACCGGAACGGCGAAGCGGAGGUCCCGCUGCGGAGACCCUGGAGGAGGCAGCAGGAACCUCUGAACAUGAACCAUUAUGCCAAUAAGAAGAGUGCAGCGGAGAGCAUGCUGGAUGUGGCUCUGCUGAUGGCUAAUGCCUCACAGCUGAAGGCCGUGAUGGAGCAAGGACCAGACUUCACCUUCUACGUGCCCCUCAUCACGCUCAUUAGCAUCUCCCUCAUACUACAGAUCGUAGUGGGAGUUCUGCUCAUCUUCAUUGUGAAGUGGAACCUGAAUGAUGAGAGCAUGCACUACAAGCUGAACAUCAUCGAGAACUUUGCCACAGCCUUCGUCUUCAUCAUAGUGGUGGUCAACGUCUUCAUCACAGCCUUUGGUGUGCAGCGGCCCAACACACAAGGCUGAUGCCUGCUGAUCAACUUAGUACAGAUGGACCUCCACAUUAUUUAUGCAAAUGAGCAGGAUAUUUAUUCAUCAAAUUAAACGGCAUGCAGGUGCACUUGCCUUUCUGUAAUCCAACCUCCCAGGCUUCAGAAGACCUGACACAUCCUGAGGAUCAGGUGACAUUGUGUGUGUAUGUGUCUGUGUGUGUGUAUUGAAGGAGUUCUUCCUUCUCUAUGGACAAAUGUGUGGUCACUUUUUAUUUCACUGUGUGGCUACCCAGUUUGUUACCUCUUUUCUUGCUCAGGUUACUGAUGCAAAUACAUUAUUGCCUUUACUUACAGAACAAACAUAUCAGGAGCAAUAUACUGCGUGUCAGUCACAACCAUUGUGAAUGUUUUAUGAACAAAAACAUGUUCUAGUACUGUUAUUUUAACAUGAGUCAGUAUGUUUCAGUCUAAACCUGCAUGUGUGCCUACAUCUGUAGGAGAAUAAAAGAAAUAAAUCACCACAGCAUCAUCCAAAUGACAUUCUUCGCAGUAGGUGCAUCAGGAGCCAGCCUGGCCUACUGCUGCUCGUGAGGCAUUACAUGAUACAACAGCUUUAUUAUGUGGGCAGACGUACGUUUACAUUAUUAUAAACCUCGCCCAAUUAAUGAAAUGGACCUUACAUGCUCUGUUUUUUAAGUGCUAUUCAAGUAUAGUUUGUGAUGUGUAAAGUGAUUUAUGCUAGUGUUUGUUUAUUGACGUAUAUAGUGCACUGUGUUUCUUUUAGGCCUUUUAUCACAUUUUUUAAAGACCAAAAACUUACAAAGCUUUUUCAACAUGAUCUUGUAUUACACACUGUGACGACUAUUUUAAAUGAAUUUUAUAAAUAAACCACAAAAGUGAUAAAGAUGUGUCUCUUGUCCUAUUUAUCACCAUGCUGUUUUUUUUUUUUUUUUUUUUUUAUUUUUUUAAAUCAUACAAAGACAGAAGUCUCAAUCCAACAAAUAAUGGCACUUCCAACUUUAAGGCAUUUUUACACAGCACAGUACACGAGUGACAAACUGUCAGGCACUGGACUCAGUGAGUAGACAUUAAAUCACAAACAACAAAAAUCAAAAGUAUUUUCUUUUGGAACAAUUUUACAAAAUUGUUGAAUACAAGAAUAAUAAUAAAGUCAUGCAAAUUGAAGUUUUUCAGGCAUUUCUGGUAUUGGCUUCUGAUAACCUGAUGUUAAAUCAUCAUAAAGCAGUGGUUCCCUAAUGGUGGUGGGUCAUGGGUCCAUUCUGGAUGGACCAUAAGUGACUCAAGAACUAACUAACGGGCAGCUACUCAACAGAGACAGCAGUCUAGCUCAAUGACAUGGACAAACACAAGUAAGUAGUUGACUAUAUUUAACUGUGUGGACCUUGAACUAAUGACUAAAGACAAAUCUGGACCCCAUGGCUGGACCAGUUGGGAACCACUACCAUAAAGAAAACCACAAUGAAAUACAGUUUGACAAAGCACCAUUGUGAUAGUUACGGUUAUGUUCAAAUCCACUUCUCUAUAUCACACGUUAAAGAAAAAAAAUCAUCUAAAUUCAUUUACUGCCAGACUUUGUAUUUAAAAAAGACUUAUAAGAAACCAACUUACCAAUAGUUGGCAAAAAGGCACAGUAAGAACAAAGAAAUAUCCACACAAAAAGAUAUAAUAUCUACUAAUAGCUGGCGAGGAACUUAUUAACAUUUAAAUGGGCUUAUUCUGUCACAAACUGAGAGUACUUCUGUUGUGAGAAAGCCUGCAGACAAAGCAUUAAUGUUUCAAUAAUCCUCUGAGUAUUCAGCAGCUAAAUGCUAGAGGCCAAGGGAACAACAAGGGAAAUACUCGGGCACUUCCGGUCUCACAGUACAUGCCAAGAGAAGGAGACGUAGUUUGGAGUGAGAAAGUAAGACGUUAACAGUUAGUAAGGCAGCGUCCACAUAAAGAUAAAGUUAUAUACGUGAAAAAAAACAUGGUUAGAGAUGCCACGAAGUAGGUGACAGUGCCUUAACCGUAUGUGUGUUGAUGACCACAGGGGCCAAUUCCAUCCUUGUCAAGGGGAGUGCUAACCUUCUCUCCUUUCAUACAACACAACUACUACAACGGAAAACAACAGGAUUUAUACACCGAGUAAUGAAAUUCGGUUUCACUUACGGUGCAAUUUCCGGGUUGCUGUCAUAAUAAUCAUAAAUAUUUAACACAGCUGUUAUAAGUUUCAUUUAAAACUGGUUUAUACUUCAGCUUUAUGAUUAUUCAUUCGGCAUUUGUAUGUUUUGGUGUAAGUUUGUACCGUUACCCAUGAUACACUGCGCGGGUAGAGCGGGAUAUCAUUGGUGGAAGCAGUCACGUGACUGCAAACUCGUCUAAAACGGUUUAAAAUAACACUUCACGGACAUGCUCGAUGGUAUUUAUCGCGUUUACAUGCUUAUUUAUUUUUGUCUAACAUGAGCUGCCGAAUUUUGAGAAGCUCUUAUGAAACCAACACAAGCCAGACGAUGUUUGGGGCUGUGUUCACUUUUGGCCACACGGGGGCGGUGACGUUCUAUAGGGAGCUCGGCCUCAUGGACAGAGGGGUUGAGGUGAAUUUUAAUAUGCUGCAUAUCAAAGGAA